UCUCGCGCCAUUUAUCUCUUUCUCUCUCCCUCUCCCUCUCUCCCUCUCCCUCUCUCUUUCUCCCUCUCUCCCUGUCUCUCUCCCUCACCCAUAUUCCUUGUUCUAUUUCUAUGUCCCCUCCCUGUCUCCUGUGUUCUAUUUACCUCUGUCCCUCCCUCUCUUCCGCUCCUUUCCCCUCCCUCCCCUAUCCCUCCCUCUUUCUCUCUCUCCUCUCUUCCUCUCUCUGUCUCAGCAGAGUAAGGCUCAGUGUGAAAAUGCCAUCGUGCUCUCCUGACUGUUGCCUCUUUCAGGCUGUAGAGAUCAUCAAGGUGUACAGUGAAGAUGGCGCAGGGAAGGUGGUGGAGGUGCCAGCUGAUAUGAGGGCCAGAGACGUGUGUCAGUUCCUGGUCUAUAAGAGCCACUGUCUGGACGACAACAACUGGAGCCUGGUGGAACAUCACCCACUACUGGGCCUCGAGCGUUGUCUGGAGGACCAUGAGUUGGUGGUUCAGGUUCAAGCCUCUAUGACCAGUGACAGUAAAUUCCUCUUCAGGAAGAACUAUGACAAGUAUGAGUUCUUCAGGAAUCCCUUGAAGUUCUUCCCGGAGCAGAUGGUGGCAUUGUGUCAGGAAUCUAACGGCUCCAUCCCCCACUCACAGCUCUUACAGAACUUCCUAAACUCCAGCAGCUGUCCGGAGGUGCAUGGGUUCCUCUAUCUGAAGGCAUCAGGGAGGAAGUCCUGGAAGAGACUCUCCAUGUUCCUCAGACGCUCUGGACUCUACUACUCCACUAAAGGAUCCUCCAAGGAGCCCAGACACCUCCAGUUGUUGUCAGAUCUGGAGGACAGUAGUGUGUUCACAGUGACAACAGGAGGGAAGCUGCACAACGCCCCCACAGACUACAAGUUCUGUAUCAAGCCCAGUAAGGUGAGGAGUGAGUGCAAGGAGCUGAGGAUGCUGUGUGCUGAAGAUGAACAGAGCAGAACCUGCUGGAUGACUGCCUUCAGACUCUUAAAGUAUGGAAUAUUACUGGAUCAGAACUACAAGAGUCCCCAGCAAAGGAAGUCUCCGGUCUCACAUUUCUCUACUCCUGUGCGGAGUGUGUCUGAGAACUCUCUGGUGGCCAUGGACUUCUCUGGCAGGACGGGACGAGUCAUAGAGAACCCUCUGGAAGCAGUGAGCGUCGCUGUGGAGGAGGGACAGAAAUGGAGGAAACGGGGUCAGCGUAUGAAGGCUCUUGGCAGCCCCAGCCCCCUCCAGCCCUCUUCUCUCAGCUCAGUGAUCCACAGAACACAGCUAUGGUUCCAUGGUCGCAUCAGGAGAGAAGAGUCCCACAAGAUGAUCAUGCAACAAGGACAAGUAGAUGGGUUGUUCCUGCUGAGAGACUGUCAAAGUAACCCCAAGGCGUUUGUCCUGACCCUGUGCCACCACCAGAAGAUCAGACACUUCCAGAUCCUACCGUGUGAGGAGGAAGGUCAGAUGUCCUUCAGUCUGGACGACGGCACCACCAAGUUCACAGACCUGAUCCACCUGGUGGAGUUCUACCAGCUCAACAGAGGGGUGCUGCCCUGCAAACUCAAACACCCCUGCACUGCUGUGGCCUUGUGACCCUUCACCCCUGACCUCUGACCCCUGAACCAUGAUCUCUGGCCCCUGGUCUCACUACACCACCCUCUGUCUGCAGUUAAAUUCUCUACCCCUCGUUCGUCAUGGAUUUAAAAGGAAGGAAGGAAGCUGAUGGCAUAUGCUUAGUUACACCAAUCCAAAGCUUUUAAAAACGAUGAUGAAGAGGACAUGAAGGCUGGUGCGUCUUAAUGAUGAUGAUGAUAAGCAAGUCCACACUUUGGAGAGAGGGGUGGGGUAUUCGAACCUUGCCACACACAAGGACGGGCAGACAAACAGACGUGGUGAACUAUAGUGUUCUAUGGAUAUCUAUGGAUCCAACCUAGCCCGUUUCCUUCUCCUUCAUCCACCUCAGAUAGAUAGACAGACAGGGAGCUGGGCUCCCCUCACUUCCUUAGUGAUCAUCAGGGAUCGACUUGGAUCGAAUCGUUCACUACAAUCGACGAUAAAUCAAAAUGUGCAAUACAGUCUUUAUAAGCUGAUCACCUGACGCUUCAUGCUACCUGGGGGGCUGAUGUUGCCUGGGAGGCAUCCUACUCUUCCUCUGCUAUACUUACUGGACCAACCAUCUAACUAACUCACCGAGACUUUAUACAGGGCCCUAGGAGGAGAAAAAGAAAACUCCAAAAAGAAAACUCCUUUCAAACAAACGUCCGUUUGUUUGAAAGGGCAGAUGAAUGUUUGAGUUGGGGACUUCCCUGUCAGAGCUGAUGACAUGGUAUUACCGUUGUCAAACUAUUUGCACUUCUGAACAGACAGUCGACAGUUCUCUUCUGAGCUGGAUGAAGGUGAAUGCUCCUUCUCAACCUCCUCUUCCUCCUUUCUUUCUUCUCCUCUUUCUACUCCUCCUCCUCUUUUCUGCGUGAACAAUCCCAGCCUACUGAUUGAAUUAGCGUUGCUUUGGACAGGACAGAGAGGCGUGGCUGAGCGUGCCGUUGCCAUGCUAUUGGGAAAGGUGACGGCUAGGCGGCUCCGCUCCAGAAAUCCUCUCCAACCUUUUCCUUCCUACUCCGUUUGGCUCCAUCUGAUCCCAUCAGAACAUUUAGAAACCCAUUACAAUUUCUUGGAAUCAGACGGAAAGUUCAGAGUGUUGAUAACGGGACAGAGGGAAGAGGAGGAGAAGUCUCACAUGGGUCACCGGAAAACCUGCCCCCUGCACUGUCACUUGAGACUGUUAAGAGUUAAAACUGGAGUCUUUCAGGUUAUGUUCCAAUGUCCACACUAAUAUUGCACUUAGAACGUAUGUCCAAGACCUUGUUACACUCUUAGUAGUGUGCUAGUACUGUAUGUGGGUAUUGGAACAGAACCUCAUCACAACCAGACUGUAUUUUAUUAAUGUCAAUCAGUGUUCUCAAAGUUGUAAGCUUCUCACUGCACAGUCAGCAGUGACUAUAUACUAUAUGUGCUUGAUUGGGCUUGCCUUGCUUAAUAGACCAAUAGAACUGUCUCAAAACUGCAAACCCUGCCCAUCUGGCUAGAGCAAACACCCAAAGCAUUUGAAAGAUUUCAAAUAGUACUUUUAACACAGGUCAGACCAAAAGGUGUGAGAGGGCAUUAAUUCUCAGAACACAGGAAACCAUUUUAAACCACCCCCCAACAUGUAUUGUAUUUAUCUUGAUUAAAAUAAUGACUUGA